AUGGAGGCGACUAUCAGAUCAGAGUUAUCAUCGGAAUUAACGAGGAUUAUUGAGUGCCCAUACCCGGCUUCGUUGUCUAAACUAGAAGAUCUCCUUAUUCGUGCAGAUGCUGUGAUCAUACAAGCCUGCAUUAACGAUCGAUCUCCGUGUGCAGUAACAAGGUUGGCUACGCUUAUUUGCGAUGCUCUGCCACUAUGGGCGUACACGACACAUGUAUUGCAGCUUCUCUGUUGUUCUUCAGAGUUCACUGAGAAGCUAUUGGUGCAAAGCCCAGGUCUACUCAACGUUUUACUUACCAAAGCGAACUCCUCGCAACGGGACUUCGAGGAUUACCUAGACCUUUGCGUGCAGCUCUUGUCAAGACCCCUGCCGGAGACUAUCGCGUUACCUGCAAUUGCUCAAACGUUUUUCCUUCGUGCUUUCGAGCGAGCCUCGCAGAAUCCAGACGUAAGCACCCUCCAGCCUGUCUACAGUAUGCUCAAUGGGGCCUGCCGAAAGCUUCUCAGUCUCAUGCCUGCCGAGGUUCGACAGCAGUUCGAUCGAGAGCUAUGUCACAUCUUGUCAUCCAAUGGAACCGGACAGAACUCCAUGUUGCUGCUGUGGUGCUUUGGGAUAGUCAUUCUUGCGGAGCAUCCCGAAGAGUUCAGUGAAUCACAGAAAUUUGGUCUCGACCAGCCAACGUCGACAGCAGGUCUUGACAGGCAAUGGAAGACAGCAUCCGGGCGCAAACUGUUCGGCUCUCUAACUGGGCUGUACAAGACCAUCAGUUUGACCUACCUCAGUGUGAUCUGGGCGAUCAAGGGCGACGUUGGUGUUUCAGACGCUGAGGCCAUCGAAGGCAUACGCAUCGCGGUAAGAACCUUGAGCUUCGUGGAGACCGAAGUACGAGCAGGUUGGCCGAGCUCCAGCGCACUGGCGAAGAACAUCUUUCCCAAGCUCCCGGCAAAGAUCUUGCGUGAGGGCAUCAGUCCGGCAAUUCAACUUGAAGCUCUGUGCUUCUUCGCCAUGAUAACAGGAGCGAACGACCUUCCCAUGGAGAUCGUAAUACAAUACCAGCGCUGCUUAGCUACACUCAAGGAGCUCGCAGACUCGGACGCGUUGCGGGAGGUUCUGCUGGUCUCUCUUCCUAUCUAUGCUCCUCAAAUGCAAGACAGUCUAUUCCGAACUUUACUUUCGGACACGCUUGACGAUUGCGCCUCAGGCUCUACAUCACGUCCGCGGAACAGUCUUGUCAUACUGGCGGACACUUUGUCUGUUGUGUCUUUGACCUGUCCAGUCUUGAGCACGAAACUACUCCAGGCUCUGUCAUCUUCAUCAUUGCAGGGGAAGGUUUGGAACUUGGUACGCAAUGAUACACUGGCCACAGAAUUCGGGUGCUGUACGUACGUCGCUUCGUUGCACCAGGAGGUACUCGCCGCUACGAUGUCGUUGAUCCUGAAUCUCGCCAUUGCAGCGCGCCCUGAGGAGCUGUCAUUGUCGCCUCACCUCGCCCUUGGAUUAAUCAAAAGGCAGCGUAAGCUCCCUCACAUCCUGAGGCAGUGCUCACAUGCGGCGAGCAGUCCGAAUGAAAAUUCGAUAUCGCUAUUCCAGCAAAAGUCGACCCCUUUCACCGGCCAGCACCUGCAAGAUUGGAGAACCCGCCUGAAUUCUGAGCUAGAAAGCCAGAACUCAUAUCAGCGUGACUCCAUUGUACGCUCGGUGGCGCAGAUCUGCCAGGAUCUUGAAACGCGCUGUAGUACCGUGGAGGAGCCCUUACGGCAGGAAAAAGCAAGAUCACAAGAGCUUGAGCAGCGCGUACAAGAGCUCAGUGAGCAAGUGUCUUCACUUGAGUCGCAAGCGGCAGAUGAUCGAUUCCAUCUUGAUGGGCUAGAGGAUGAAAAGCUUGGUCUUGCAGAUGAAAAAGACCGCGUUUCUGCCAGACUGGACGAGCUUCGAAUGCAAAUGAAGGAGGCCAACCGAGAUGCUGAUAUGGCUCUGCGUAUCGCCAGGGAAGAGUUCAAUGCUCGAGAGCUUGAGCUGCGCUCAACAAUCUUGAAUCACGAAGAGCAACUUCAGACCCGGGAAAGCAGCUUGAGAGAGCUCAACAGCACUCUGAGCAAGGUGAGAAAUACUUCGGAGCAUACCGAAGAAGAACUUCGUGCUCUCGGUGAGCGAUACGAAGAUCUGCAGACUCGCCUGGGCGACACUAGCCGCCAGCUAGACGACGAGCGCGUGGCAAAAUUCCAGCAAUCGGAGGAAAUACUAAGGCUUAAAGAGCGUGGCAUCAACCUCGAGUGUCAGCUUCAGACCACUGAGUUAGAACUAGAAGCGAUCACAGAGCAGCUGAGUGGUCUCGAAGUCAGUCAUCAGGAGCUCAGACAGUCCUCUGAUGAAGCAUUGAGGGAUAUGGAGGCCAAGUACACGACUGAUAUGGAAUCUGCUGCCAUAAGAGCAGGAGAGGAGUGUGACAAGCUGAAUAGCAAGCUUACGGAUAUUGUUCAAAUCAAUCGACAUCUGAAGGAUGCCCACGAUAAGACCCGGAGAGAGCUGCAUACUCUACAGAACACAUUCUCGACACUGGAAACGAAAGCACAAGAGCUUGACGUGUUAUGCGGAGAGCAAGAAGAGGAGUUAGAGGAGCUACGAACUCUGCGAAGAAAUGUAUUAGCCUCGAUGGGCCUUGCAACACAGAACCCUUUGGCGAUUCGCUCAGCGUCUCGAUCCCAGAAGGAUGGCACGGUGCCAGAAAGUCCACGAGGAUCGCGAGAGCACCGUCGUCGCAAGUCAGCCAUCCAGACCCAGGAUGUAACAUUGAGGGCUUCCGCAAUAGCCCAGGACUUCACCAAUACUGCGAUGGAAAACUCUGCUGAAGCAUCUUUCGCUUCGUCGAGCCAAGAGCCGCAGAAUGGCUCGACGCCUAAGCGCCAGAAGCCUCACCCGUCUUUCAAAGUGCCUACGAUGCAGACGCCCUUCAAUCAAAGACCGGCUCUUGCUUCACGCUCGACGUCGAAGAAACUGUCGCCCAUCAAGCGAUCUGCUCUGCGACAGAUGUCCCCUAAUCGCAGGUACACAACCGUGGGAUUCGCCGGAGUUUCCCAGACCGAAGAUCAAGAACAGACUCAGGAACCCCCCUCGAUACACAAGAGGCGAGAAAGUAUCCACGGCGUAACUCAAGAGGACUUUGAUAUGGAUGAUUUCCUGGCAGGGACGCCGUUCACGCCGGGCGCAUUCGCAUCGGGUACUGGGAGACUCCCAGGAGACGACGAGGCAACAACAACAGAGCUCUGA